AUGUCAAGUUUCCAUUUUUCUUCAAAAGUGCUUAAUUUAGUUGACACGAGACCAAAAGCUGAUGAAUUGAAGGGAGCUGUUAAAUUGGAUCCAAAUUUGAAGGAAUAUUUGCAGUUUGGAGAUGAAUCAGUAAAGAAAUCAAUAUUAAUUAAUCAAUCCAAUUGCUUGAAUUCUACGACGUUUGUAACUUUCAGCAGGCAGGUUGUUUUGUGA